GCUCGUUUGGCGGUGCAUCGAUAAUACUCCACUCUUCUUCUUUUUUUAUUUUCUCAUUCAAUACAGGACUUUAUUACGAGUGUUUUAAUGUCACGUCGCGAAAGACGCUUAACAAAAUGGAGCUAUCAAACAAACUCCGUUGGGACCAAUUCCUGAUUUUGGCAGCAGCACUUAUGUCACCUGCAUUAACGGUGCUGUGUAAUGAUAUUCUCAGCCUGAAGGUGGCAGGAGAUCCAGUGCUAACCCCUAACUCAGUGUGCCUGAGGCUGGCAGGCCUCAGCAAGCGUCAGAUGAGGAUGUGUGUGCGGAGCCCCGAUGUGACGGCCUCCGCUCUGCAGGGCAUCCAGGUGGCCAUUCACGAAUGCCAGCACCAGCUCCGGGAUCAGCGCUGGAAUUGCUCCUCACUGGAGGGACUUGGCAAGCUUCCCCACCACAACACCAUCCUCAACAGGGGUUUUCGCGAGAGUGCCUUCUCCCUGGCCCUGUUGGCAGCGGGCGUGGCUCACUCUGUGGCCUCGGCCUGCAGCAUGGGCAAGCUGCGGGGGUGUGGCUGUGAGGCCAAGCGUCGCCAGGACGAUGACAAGAUCCGCCUGAAACUCACACAGCUGCAGCUGCAGACCCUGCAGAAGGGUGGAGUAGGCCUCGCCAUGUCACGAUCGUUACCCUCAGAGCUCAACGGUCACCAUGGCGACCUGCCCGCCAACCUGCGCUCCACCCAUCCCUCGGCCCUGCUCAAGCCCAUACCAGAUGAGCUGAGCUCCAUGCAGGAGACGUGGGAGUGGGGGGGUUGCAGCCAUGACGUCCGUUUUGGGGACCGUUUUUCCAGGGACUGGCUGGACUCCCGCGGCUCUCCAAGAGACAUCCAUGCUCGCAUGAGGAUACACAACAACCGUGUGGGACGACAGAUAGUGACUGACAACAUGAAGAGGAAGUGCAAAUGUCACGGGACAUCAGGGAGCUGCCAGUUUAAGACCUGCUGGCAUGUGUCUCCAGAGUUCCGGCUUGUGGGUUCUCUACUCAGGGAAAAGUUCUUGUCAGCCAUCUUUGUCAACUCCCAGAACAAGAACAAUGGGGUUUUCAACCCUCGAACAGGAAACAGCGCUGGCGGAAGCACAGGCGGACCCAACAGAGGUCGCCGACGGACCAUGUCCAGAGAGCUGGUGUACUUUGAGAAGUCUCCUGACUUCUGUGAGCGCGAUGCCUCUGUAGACUCUCCAGGUACACAAGGACGCAUUUGCAACAAAACCAGCUACAGCACAGACAGCUGCGGCUCGCUGUGCUGCGGCCGUGGACACAACAUCCUGAGACAGACACGCAGUGAGCGCUGCAACUGCAGGUUCCACUGGUGUUGCUACGUGCUGUGUGAGGAGUGUCGUCUCACAGAGUGGGUCAGUGUGUGCAAGUAGAUCUCCAAGUCCCAGAUGCCUUUACCUAUCCCAGACUCAAGAUGGUGAGCCUGUCCCCUCACCCACUCCUUUUGUUCGAGCCUUUGUUUUCCUCCUUGUGUAACUCUCCCAGAAGUCUGUUUAUCCCCCCUUUCCUUUUUUUGAGUCCAUCAUCUGGGAUCUAUUUUCUCUUUGUAGCCGCUGUUAUUCUCAAAAUGCCAAGUCAGAGAUUGAAGAGGUGACUCAUGACAUUUGUCCUGCUAUGGUUGUUUAGACGAUGCCCUCUCAGCCAUGAAAACAGCAAAUACCCAAUCUUUUCUAUCCCACAAAACAAAGCAACAGUGAACAGCAAAGAAGCAUUUCUAUUUUAAUGUCUACAUGAUGACUCAUCACAUUGUACAAUAGGUGUGUAUUUCAAUGUGUACAUGUAUAUUUGUAAAUGUAUUAAUAUUAAUAUUAAGAUUGUGUUGUGCCUUUCUUUUUGGUUAUAGUUACUGACAGACUUAUGCGUAAGAGUGGCUUAGUGCUGUAAAACAGAGCAAUACAUUGAACUGGUCUCUUCUGGAUGAUCAUCAAGAUACAUCCAUCUGUUUUCAACCGGUAUCCGGAGUCGGGUUCGCGGAGUAAGCAGAUUUCCAAGAUAUUAACUCCAUUUGAAUGUCUUGCACCUGUGACUAGAAAAGGGCCACAAUACUUAUUUUGAAUAAGUCAGAACAUUUAGACAAGGCUUUAACUAAUGGAAGAAGGAAAUUGUUUUUUGUGGUUUUUAACUGACUGAUACAUCUAAUAGAUCUCAGGACAGAGAGAACACUUGUAUACUGGUCAAACUAAAAGUGGCAAAGUCCUUAAAUUCCUAAGGCUGAACCAUUAACACAAUGUUGGUUAUGCAAACCGUUCGAACGUUAGAAGAUGGUCGCAAGUAGUCAUAUUUUUUUAUGAAUAUAGCUGUGAUAUGAUGUGUCAUUUUUCUUAUGAAGUGAUGACAGAGCGCUUCUUAUUCUGUGCUUUCUUUUGUCAAUUUCAUCACUCCGAGUACUCCUUAAAUUCUUCCCACAUGUAGUACAUGUCAAAGUGAGAGAUGGCUUUAGUCUUGAACUGAUGCUGAAGGAAGUGUGUAUUGAGUGUGUGUGUCUGUUGCUGUGUAAAUGGAGGGGCAAGUUCUACGCACUACAGAUUUGGGAGGUGAGAGCUUUUUUUAUGGCCACUUCAUGCUGAGAGAAGGACUUUUUAUGGCUGCAGGAUAUUGUUUCCUUAAAGUAUGACUUUUAUUACUGGAGAGAAGCAUCAAGCCAGCAGAGAGUGGGGCUGAUUAUACCAGUCUCUGCUGUGCGAGCAUCUGAGGGGAUCAUCUGUCCCAGAGUUCAUGGCCAACCAAGGGACUCGCUAAACCACGUGGGAUGCUGUGUCAUGGUUACCUGGGAGACAGACUACACAAAUGUAAACACAGGCACAUAAACACGUGCAUUUGUUUAUGCACAAAGACACUUACAUGUAGGAAUACUGGCACUGAUGCACAAUCAAAAACAUGCACAUUUAUGAACUGUCAGAUAGAACUCCUGGUGACCCGAGAUGCUGCAGAUUUAGCUAAAUUCCCAUGUCAGCACCUGACUUAAUUAACGAUGGCAGCAUUCCUAGAUAUCUUGGAUGAUCCAAACUCAAUAUUUUAUCUGACACAAUAAGAUUUAAUGUCAUUCAAGUGUUGUUUGUAUGGAUUCCUGUAAACCUCCCUCAGCUCCUGAGGAAUGGUGGAGCCAGUGGCUGAAUCAACUGUUUUGUCUGUUUGGUAUUUAGUGAGGGAAUAAA